UUAGGUUAAUAAGGAAACAGAAGAAUUUGAAAAGGAAAAAUUUACAGAAAAUAUGUCACUAAGGCAAGAAAAAAGAAGAGUCAGUAAUGAUAGUCUUCACCCAACAAUUACAGAAGUAAUUGGAGAAAAGGAUAUGGAAAAACUAAAAAAAUCGUUAGAAGACGAUAAUGCAGACAAAGACAUGGAGAUUUUAAGACAAUCUUUAGAAGACGGCAAUGUGAAAAAGGACACAGAAAUGGAAACAGAAAGAAAAGCUUCAGACAAAGAAAAAAAGAAAAGAAAACAAACUGAGUUAAAGAAGAAUUAUGUAGAUUUUUUAAGCGAAGAUGAAGACUUUGUAUGGGAUUCAACGUCUUGGAAGGAUACAGACGGUUCUUCAACUACUUCUAGUGACCCAAAUCAGAAAAAAAGAAAAGAAAGCAGAAAAGAUCAAAUACAGAAGAUGGAAAAGUAGGGAGUGAAGGAUUAAAAAAGAAAAGAAC